UGAUGUCAGUUUCUUCCUAAAAACCGACUAUAAGAGGGUGUGCUAUUUUUUAAUCCUCAGAAGUAAAUCUGUUAGAAUGAGAGAUUUAUUAAUACUGGUCAUUGCCGUUUUGGCAGUGACAGGAAACGCUUUUGCCGAAAUAUACGAAAUUCCAACAAAAUGUCCAGAAUCUUCAGGCAAAACCGUACUGCUCGCUCACAAACACGAUUGUACCAAGUUUUACGAGUGUUCCAAUGGGCAGAAACAACUCUCAAAUUGCCCAGAAUUUGCCCCGGGACAGAAGCUACAUUUCGACCCUGAACUUCGAAAUUGUACUUUCCCAUGGGAGGCAAAUUGCGCGUCAAGAGCCCCGGAUUGUUCAAUAGACGAAUUCAUACAACCUCAUCCCACCAACUGCAGCCUAUAUUACAAAUGCGAGAAUGGGGAAAAAGUCUUAAAAACGUGUGACGUGGAACAGCUGUUUUGUUCUGACUCACUAAAAUGCGUACACAAGGAUGCCGCCAAGUGUAAAGUUUACGAUUCAUGUCCAACAAGUAAAUUGUUGGAGGCUAUACUUCUCCCGCACCAUCGUCGAUCGCUGUAUUACGAAUGUGUCGAUGGACAAUAUGUUGUAAGACGGUGCCCAUCGGGCCAUGUAUUCGACAAUGAAGUUAGGUUAUGUGUGUCUAAAAUUCAUUGUCCUGCAACCGGUAUUAAGAGAAUUUCUCAUGAGACCGAUUGCGGUUUGUAUUACGAAUGCGUGGAUGGUGUUAAGGUAGAGAAAGUUUGCGAAGAUGGAUUGUCUUUCGACGAAACCAAGGGUAUAUGUACCUGGCCUCCGAGACACGAGUGUUCAUCGAAUUUCUUCAACCAAACUGACCCGGCCACAUACUUUAUACCUCAUACAGUGGAGGAAAGUGAUGUUCUAGAUUGUCCAUCAGUGGGAUAUACACUCGUACCACAUGAAUGUUCUUGCAACAGGUAUUACUAUUGCGAAGAAGGAAAUAAGAUUGUUGGCGAAUGUCCUCAAGGCAUGAUAUAUGAUUAUAUUAGAAAAGUUUGCGGCUUACCGGAUGCCGCCACUUGUUUGAACCAGAAGUAUACUCACGACAGUUACUCAUAUGCAAAUUGUUAUGAUUCACUUCAGUGUCCAAUCCCUGGCCAUUUUCGUUUUCCUAAUGGUGUCUGCUCUGAGUUAUAUUACGAAUGCGUGAAGGGUCGCAAAUGUGAUCUGUCGUGUGGCACAGGGUUAAUUUUCAAUUCCGAAAAGGGCCAGUGCGAUAUACCCGAAAACGUUCGCGGCUGCAACGGUGAUCAACCUCCUACUACGACUACGACAAGUCGUCCAACUAUACCUACGCCUACGUGGCGCACACCCGAUUGCAGUGAAGGAAACAAACGUCCUCACGAGUGUAACUGCUACGCAUAUUACGUAUGUCACAACGGAAGAUACCAGCUGAUGAAAUGUCCCUCAGGCGAAAAGUUUGAUUGGGCGGAGAAGAAAUAUAUUAUAGAUGUUCAGGCAGUAGGAAAUUUGUUAUGGCAUGUGGAAGAGGACAAUACUUUGACUAUACACAAGAAGAAUGCGUUGAUAGUAAAUAUGCUCAAUGUUAUCCAGGCACAAAACGUAAUGCUAGGAAUUGAGAAACUUGUGGGAGCAGGUAGAACACAGGCUGCUAUACAGAAGAUUAUCAAAAAUAUUAUAGAUGUAGCGAAUGUGCCUCAAAUCGAAAAUUUAUCGCCGAACUGUCCGUCUCUUACUGAUUGUAGCAGUAAUAUCGAUGUUGUAGCCGAUACUGUACAUGUCUACUUUGCUAUGAAUGCGACGGAAGAUUCAAAUAUCGCAAGCUAUAAAAAUCAAAUCUUACAAUUAUAUAAUGUCAGUUUCUUCCUAAAAACCGACUAUAAGAGGGUGUGCUAUUUUUUAAUCCUCAGAAGUAAAUCUGUUAGAAUGAGAGAUUUAUUAAUACUGGUCAUUGCCGUUUUGGCAGUGACAGGAAACACUUUUGCCGAAAUACACGAAAUUCCAACAAAAUGUCCAGAAUCUUCAGGCAAAACCGUACAGCUCGCUCACAAACACGACUGUACCAAGUUUUACGAGUGUUCCAAUGGGCAGAAACAACUCUCGAAUUGCCCUGAAUUUGCCCCGGGACAGAAGCUACAUUUCGACCCUGAACUUCAAAAUUGUACUUUCCCAUGGGAGGCAAAUUGCGCGUCAAGAGCCCCGGAUUGUUCAAUAGACGAAUUCAUACAACCUCAUCCCACCAACUGCAGCCUAUAUUACAAAUGCGAGAAUGGGGAAAAAGUCUUAAAAACGUGUGACGUGGAACAGCUGUUUUGUUCUGACUCACUAAAAUGCGUACACAAGGAUGCCGCCAAGUGUAAAGUUUACGAUUCAUGUCCAACAGGUAAAUUGUUGGAGGCUAUACUUCUCCCGCACCAUCGUCGAUCGCUGUAUUACGUAUGUGUCGAUGGACUAUACGCUGCAAGGCGGUGCCCAUCGGGCCAUAUAUUCGACGAUGAACGUAGACUAUGUGUGUCUAACGUCUACUGUCCUGCAACCGGUGUUAAGAGAAUUUCUCAUGAUACGGAUUGUGGUAUGUAUUACGAAUGCGUGGAUGGUGUGAAAGUAGAGAAAGUUUGCGAAGAUGGAUUGUCUUUCAACGAAACCAAGGGUAUAUGUACUUGGCCUCCGAGACACGAGUGUUCAUCGAAUUUCAAACAAACCGAUCUGGCUACAUACUUUCUACCUUAUGCAGCGGAGGAAAGAAAUAUCGUAGAUUGUCCACCAGAGGGAUAUACAUUAAUAUCUCACGAAUGCUCUUGCAGCAAGUAUUACUCUUGCGAAGACGGAAAUAAGUAUGUGGGAACAUGUCCUGAAGGCACGAUAUAUGAUUAUAUUAGAGAAGUUUGUGAUUUGCCGCAAGCCGCCAUAUGUAGAAACCAAAAGUAUACUAACGACACGUACCUAACUGACAAUUGUUAUUUUCCAUCUGAUUGUCCACCCGUUGGCCAUAAUCGCUAUCCUCAUGAAAGUGAUUGUUCGUUAUUUUACGAUUGCUCCAAUGGUCGCAAAUGUCGUAUGUCGUGUUUUCAAGGGUACGUCUUCAAUCCAAUAAUCAGCUCGUGCGAUCUACCCAAGAACGUUCCCAACUGCCACGAUUAUAUACCUACGACUAUAAGUACGACAUGGCGACCGCCUCCAACUACGACUACGUCAUGGAGCCCAACCGAUUGCCCGGAAGGAGACCGAAAGCAUCACGAGUGUAACUGCUAUGCAUAUUACUUAUGUCGGAACGGGCAAUACCAAUGGAUGAGAUGUCCCACAGGCGAAAAGUUUGAUUGGAUAAAGCGGAUAUGUAUGCCAGAAGGCAGUGCUCAAUGUUAUCCUACUGAAACCAACGAUUGUGACGGCACAUGUUUCUCAAGCAAUAGCCGCUUGCCCCACAAGGAGUGCGGCAAGUAUUGUAUAUGCGAUCGUGGAACUACCACAGUUCAAUCCUGUCCCCGCCACACGUAUUACGAUCGGGAUAGACAAAUAUGUAACUGGCCAGAAGACAUAACUAACUUGUCGUCGCAAUGUGUUCCUACCGACUCGGACAGUUCUUUGACUAUACACAAGAAGAAUGCGUUGAUAGUAAAUAUGCUCACUGUUAUCAAGGCAGACAACGUUAUGCUAGGAAAUGAGAAACUUGCGGGAGCUAAUAAAAUACAGGCUGUUACACAAAAGAUUGUCAAAAAUAAUGUAGAUGUACUACGGUAUAAUAUCGGGGAAUGUACCUCAAAACGAUUACCCAUCAUCGUCACCUCGUACAACACACUAUCUCACGAAAGUACCGUUUUAGAAUAUCUACAGGAUACAUUACCUAAAUGUGAUGUCAAUUUUGAUGAAAAUUUACAGAUUAAUAGUGCAGCUAUUAAUACUGAUCACCUACUUUUUCUGUGGCAACAAUCGUCUACGAUUUCGCGGGUGAAAACUCUUAAAAUGCGGAUAGAUGCCCAUGAAUAA